AUGGCAUCAUCCGGAACAAUCCCUCUGCCACCAGCCACACAGGCUGAUGACCUGCCUGAGCCAACAACGGUCACCAUUUCAGGUGUUCCAAAGUUUUCCCUCACUUCCAACAUCACCAUAUGGGGAUAUAGAGUCAAGAACUCCCUCAAGCCCCUGAUGUUAGGGAACUUGAUCGAUCCAUCCAAACCACGACCGGCAUCACCUCGACCCAUACUGUUAAGGUGGAGAUUUUGGUCUCUGACUGUUCGGGAAUGGCUUUUUGACCAGCUCGAUGAUCAAAUAAUCGACUUGAUCAAUAAUUUACCUGCAGAGCCAACCUAUGCUGACGAUCUCUGGAGAGAAAUCAACAAGCUCCAAUUGGGAGAUCCAGAAGAAUACGCCAACAAAGCCACAUGUGACCUUUUCACCAUGCGACGGUCAGAUUUCACCACAGCUGCCGAAUACAUCGAGGCUUGGCAAUACCAGAAUGGUAUCUGCACAGGGCUCAAGGUCGGCGUCACGCCGUAUAUGUCUACGGUCUUCAUGUUCAACCAGCUGGAAGAGGAGCUUCCGAGAACUGUCGGAUUCUUACAUGGUCAGCUUGCGAUGAAAGCGGGGGACGCAGUCAACAUGGAUAAGCGGGAAUUCAUCGACCUCUGCAACAAGCUUCUCAUCAAGGCCAGAGCUCUUCCAAUCCACCAUGGCAACGACGCUUUGGUUAAGAAAUCCACGAACAGAACCAAAAACAAGAACAAGAGCAAGAAAGAUCCAAAGCAUUUACUUAAUCAGAACCCUAAAGGAGACGUUGCUAAGAAGCAGAUACGUCGAGUUCCACCAAAGGGCAAAGACCAUGCUGCAUAUGCUAGAGAAUGGCGUCAACACAAUCCACAGCGGGACGAGGAUGACAAGUGUUCCUAUUGCAACCAGCCAAAUCAUGGCUGUGCCACAUGCUCUUAUCUCAUCGAGCACAAGCCUUCAGGGUGGACUCCAUAUCCACUGCUCUGGUGCUUCAACUACCAGAGCUUGAAGAGCACCCUUGGCCCUUCACGGCGCACUCGAAACAGAACACCAGAAGAAAGAAUGGAAAGUCGACACAUAUGGUCCAAAGAUCGCAGCAUGCUUUUGCAACUUCCGGGCGAUAUACGCAAUCAAAUCUACACGUGUCUCUUCGCAUCGACUAGGCUCACCUUCGGCGAAAGGAGAAUCACCCGUAUUACGAGGAAAACGAUGAACCCUGCACCUAAUUCUCUGGCCAUUCUUCGUACCUGUCGCCAGGUUAAGCAAGAAGCUGAGGCUCUUUGGCUUGGUCUGGUCCUGUUCAGCUUCGAAACUCCGGAGUCUAUGCUCGACAAGCUCUCUCCGCUGCCUUUGACCACCCUUUCAGAGAUCCGUCAUGUGCGCGUUGGUGGACGCUCAUUGAUGCUCCAGCCGAUAGAUGACGACGGUGGUGUGUACUAUAGGCUCGUAUGGGUCCUCAAGUUGCUUCCAGGUUUGCGCCUGGAUAAGCUUACCAUCCUUGGGCCGCCUAGCAGCGCAGUUGCCUAUGACACUCUUGGAGGAUUGAUCGAGUAUGGGAAUGGAUGGAGAGAACUCCACUUCAUCACACCAAAUUCGAAAAUGCUCGGCUUUGCCAACAUAAAUAUGUACAUGGUAGAUCCGUACUUGCGCGAGCCUCAACCAAGCACUUGGAGUGAUAUCCUAUCCAGUCGCGAUGGGGCGAACUCCGGGGCUUCCGUCACCAUUUUUCGGUCUACACAGUCUGACUCUCCAGGCUCUGUCAUCAACCCGCGUACACGCCAACCUUUCGAGCAGAAAUUGAUCACGCCAAACCAGGCAGACUUCGGCAUGACGGAAGACAGAGACUUAUUGUCUGGAAGCGAAGCAAGCAAAGAAUUAUUGGUGGUUGUCAAACGUGGUCGCCAUGCUCACAUUGAGGAACAAGAUAGCCCUCCAUUUAUGUUUGAAGACAUUCGGGAUUGGGCACAUGGUAUGACUUGGGCAGAGAUCCGGCGACUGUGUUACGAUGUCUUCCCAGGAGAUGAGGAUGAGAAUGAUCUGGACGUUGAGACCGAUAGGUGCGGUGUGGCUGACGAAUAUUCAUGGGAUCUUUUCGACUAG